GAGCGCAGAGUGCCCUCCUUGACAAUCAGAUGCCUCCUCCUGUAUUUCCAUCUCUGCUGAGUGGGCUUGUCCGCGCUGACCACCGGCGAGAAGGGACGGACGACGCUCGGCGGGCUCUGACCGUGUCGCCUUCAUGUGGCUGCUGACGGGCACCCAGGAGGGAACGGGAAUGGGGUGCAGCCUCGCCCUCGUCCCUCCCCGCCUCCCAGGAGCCGGGGCUGGCGGGGUGGAGACGUGAGGGGACCCGCGGCUGCCCUGGGUUUUCCAGGACUCCACCAGGCACCCGCACGUCCCGCCGCGCGCGGGGCAGGAGAGGCUUGGCCCGGGGGUCCGAGGCGAGCGGACGGCCCGGCGACGAGUGGAGCCGGAGCCCCAGUCUCGCCAUGGGGCAUAACGGCAGCUGGAUCUCCCGCAACGCCAGCGAGCCGCGCAACGCGUCGGGCGCCGAGGCGGCGGGCGCCAACCGCAGCGCGCUCGGGGAGUUCGGCGAGGCGCAGCUGUACCGCCAGUUCACCACCACCGUGCAGGUCGUCAUCUUCAUAGGCUCGCUGCUCGGUUCAUUAAAAACCUGGCCUGCUCGGGGAUUUGUGCCAGCCUGGUCUGCGUGCCCUUCGACAUCAUCCUCAGCACCAGUCCUCACUGUUGCUGGUGGAUCUACACCAUGCUCUUCUGCAAGGUCGUCAAGUUUUUGCACAAAGUCUUCUGCUCUGUGACUAUCCUCAGUUUCCCUGCCAUUGCCUUGGACAGGUACUACUCAGUCCUCUAUCCACUGGAGAGAAAAAUAUCUGAUGCCAAGUCCCGUGAACUGGUGAUGUACAUCUGGGCCCAUGCAGUGGUGGCCAGCGUCCCUGUGUUUGCAGUGACCAAUGUGGCUGACAUCUAUGCCAUGUCCACCUGCACUGAAGUCUGGAGCAACUCCUUGGGCCACCUGGUGUAUGUUCUGAUCUAUAACAUCACCACGGUCAUUGUGCCUGUGGCUGUGGUGUUCCUCUUCUUGAUACUGAUCCGACGGGCCCUGAGUGCCAGCCAGAAGAAGAAGGUCAUCAUAGCAGCGCUCCGGACCCCACAGAACACCAUCUCUAUCCCCUAUGCCUCCCAGCGGGAGGCCGAGCUGCACGCCACCCUGCUCUCCAUGGUGACGGUCUUCAUCUUAUGUAGCGUGCCCUACGCCACCCUGGUCGUCUACCAGACUGUGCUCAAUGUCCCCGACACUUCCAUCUUCUUGCUGCUCACUGCCAUUUGGCUGCCCAAAGUCUCUCUGCUGGCAAACCCUGUUCUCUUUCUUACUGUGAACAAAUCUGUCCGCAAGUGCUUGGUAGGGACCUUGGUACAACUGCACCACCGGUACAGUCGCCGAAAUGUGGUGAGUACACGGAGUGGCAUGGCUGACUCCAGCCUGGAGCCCAGCAUGCGCUCAGGCAGCCAGCUCCUGGAGAUGUUCCACAUUGGGCAGCAGCAGAUCUUUAAGCCCACAGAGGAUGAGGAAGAGAGUGAAGCCAAGUACAUUGGCUCAGCUGACCUCCAGGCCAAGGAGAUACUUACUACCUGCCUGGAGGGGGAGCAGGGGCCACAGUUUGCACCCCCUGCCCCACCCCCGGGCACAGUGGACGCUACAUCCCAGGUGGCAUCAGCAGCCCCUAUGGAACCUGAGACAUUCCCUGGCAAGUAUUCCCUGCAAUUUGGCUUUGGGCCUUUUGAGUUGCCUCCUCAGUGGCUCUCAGAGACCCGAAACAGUAAGAAGCGGCUGCUUCCCCCCUUGGGUAACACCCCAGAGGAGCUGAUUCAGACGAAGAUGCCCAAGGUAGGCAGGGUGGAGCGAAAGAUGAGCAGAAACAAUAAAGUGAGCAUUUUUCCAAAGGUGGAUUCCUAGCAAGGAUUAUAAAUCCCUGGAAGCAACAGAGAGCUUCCACCUUCUUGCCCUCCCUUCUCUCUGGCCCUACGAUUUGUGUGAUCUCAUUGCAACCCAGUCUGGAUUGACUCCUCCUGUAUGGGCCAAAUGCUUUUGAAUAAGGGGGAAAUCUAUGUAAAAUCAAAUGUCCUCUUUAUUGAGGGAGUAUCUAUAUUUAUCUCAGUGCUCCAUGUCCUUAGUAAAGUCUACAUUCCUCUCUGUGGAGACAAAAGCUGGGCAGUGUGGAAUGAGUCUUGGGGUGGGUCCUCCAUGUGCAUUUUCUGAGGACUCCUCAGUCCUCUGGGCCCAGCAGAGAAUACAGGGAGAGAAGAACAUCCAUGAGCUCAAAGGGAGCAGUACCACUCUAAAGGGAGCCCAGGAUAAUUAUGGAGCAGCUUGGCCACAAAGAAAAUGCCUAUGUGAUUGACUUAAAUAUGAUAAAUGCUAAAAAUUUUUAAUAUUGACCUGUCCCUUCAGGGAAGAUAGGGACUUGGCAUUGACGUCUUUUCUCGGGAAGGCCCAAUCAUAUGACUUACAGUUUCUCCC